AUGCCUGUACAGCGGACAAUUAAGGUCACAACGACCCAGGAAAUUCUGAAAAAUGAGCCCAAGGUCCAGGAGUUCCCGAUGCGCAAAUGGAGCAUUGAGAUUUCUCUAGUGGGCCCCAAUGGAGAAGACGUACCAGCAAAUAUUUUCGACAAGGUCACUUAUAUAUUACAUCCUACAUUUAAAGAUCCCACUCGAGCUUUUAAAACACCGCCGUUUCGGCUUGAAGAAAAGGGAUGGGGUGAGUUUGACCUCAAUAUUAAUCUUCAUGUUGCAGAGCGCGGCGGCGAGCACAAAAUCACGCACGACCUUAAUUUUCAAAAGUCUCGGUAUGAGGUUCUGCACACACUCAGUUUCCCCACAAACAAGCCUGCUUUACUCCGGCUGCUGGCCGAAUCCGGGCCUGUUCCCGAGAAGAAGGGAGUUUCUGGUGGAGCUGUUGGUGCGUCCAAGAGCAACAGCACGAGCACAGCAACUGGUGGUAACAGUAACAGUAACAGUAACAGUAACAGUGCCAGUAGCAAUAGUAAUAGCAAUAGUAAUAGCAUAGACGGAGCUGCAGGAGCUGCAGGAGCUGCAGGAGGAGCCGGUGGUGACGGGCAUGGGGGUGAUGCUACGGGAGCCGUGUCCGGUCCAGGGUCUGCAGGAGUGUCUGGAGGUUCAGUGAGUGGAGUGAAGCGGAAACAGGGAGCUUCUGGUGCUACUGGGAAUGGGUCUGGGGUUGGUGGGGAGGAAGCGCCGGCCAAGUUUAAGAAGAAGCCUAAGAUUGAGAAGGGGUCUGUUGACCUGGAGCGACUUGCAGAUGGUCUUAAGAUGCUGGGUGAAGAUGAUUUACUUGGAGUGGUAGAGAUGGUUACGGAUAACAAGACCAAGGAUAUGUACAUUAAGAAUGAUGUACAGGAGGGAGAAUUCCAUAUGGAUCUGUAUACUCUACCUGACCCUCUACUUCUCAGUUUGUGGGACUACGUCAAGAAGAGAGUAUCGGUAUAA